UGUAUCGCGUGCAUUUGAUGGUGUGACGCUUAAUAGAUUGUUUACUGACACGAGCACCCUUAAGAGCAGGGUUGCAAGCGUACAAUUUGCGCAAACGCACGCCAAGGGCUGAACGGCAGUAUCGUGGUGCUGAUGUGGUGAUGCUCGCUGUAUGCCGCAUGUCUUGCGUCGCAUAGCACACACACAGACAGAAGAGGGUUCGUGCCAUCUGGAAUUACCUGUACACAUUAUUAGGCAUUGCGUAAACGCGGCGAAUCCGAGGAAUUUGGGUUCGGCACACGCAAAACCUUAAGGGUCCUGAGCACCGGCGCACAUUUCCAUUUGCCUCGUCCGAAUUGCUUGAAGUAAUCAUGGGCAAGCAAAACAGCAAACUGACCCCUGAGGUGAUGGAGGACCUGGUGAAGAACACAGAGUUUAAUGAACACGAGCUGAAGCAGUGGUACAAGGGCUUCCUGAAAGACUGUCCCAGCGGUCGACUUAACCUGGAGGAGUUUCAACAGCUCUACGUUAAGUUCUUCCCGUACGGCGACGCCUCCAAGUUUGCCCAGCACGCCUUCAGGACCUUUGACAAGAACAGUGACGGCACCAUCGACUUCAGAGAGUUCAUCUGCGCCCUGUCCAUCACAUCGCGUGGCAGCUUCGAGCAGAAGCUCAACUGGGCCUUCAACAUGUACGACCUGGACGGUGACGGCAAGAUCACUCGAGUAGAGAUGCUGGAGAUCAUAGAGGCUAUUUAUAAGAUGGUGGGCACGGUGAUAAUGAUGAAGAUGAACGAAGACGGCCUGACACCCGAGCAGAGAGUGGACCGAAUCUUCAGUAAGAUGGAUAAAAACAACGACGACCAGAUCUCACUAGACGAGUUCAAAGAAGCCGCCAAGAGCGACCCGUCCAUCGUGCUGCUGUUGCAGUGCGAAAUGCAGAAGUGAGGCAGCGCACGCUAGCAUGCUACGGACUGAACACGCGAUCCGAUUCCACCCUCAUUUCCACAAGAUUAACACGUUUCGGACUACUUUUACGAACUUCCUUCCUGUGAUCGAAAAGCUAGUGUGCAUGAGAAUGCUAAAUGCUACGAGUUUAGAGUAAUAUUCGUUUAAUUUACCAACACGCGACAACGUGUAAAUCCAGCGAGUCCGGUCGUCCAUCGUUUAGUGAAGUGCUCUGCCGUAUUUCAUUUCUAGCUGCAAUAUUUCAAUAUUUCACGCGCAUCUAUACUGCAGUAUUUCACGCAGAAGUCUGGGUACCGAAAUCAAAAUGUCACAUUAAAUGUUGCGAUGAAAUCAGUCUGUUGAACUUCAAUACUCGAAUUUAAGGAGUGCGGAGAGGUUCGUGCGGCCCUCCUUCCAAACGUGCUUGUACUUGAGAAUAUAAAUGUAAGUUAUUUGCAUGCAUGUUCUAAGUGUAAAAAAACCUACUCUCUCUCUCUCUCUCUCUCUUCAUUUUGGCCACCUUGACGAAUAAUACAAGGGAGGCCUUAUAUAAAUGAUAGUAUCAAGAAGAAAUCUAAUGUGUGAGAUUUACGUUUGUUAAUCAUCUAGCCAUUCGAUGUCCUCCCUUGGGUGCAUGUUUAUUCAAUUACAAUGAAUGUUGUAAACGCUUCUGUAAGGCACAUUACAGCCCCUCUGUUGAAGUUUCGCAUCUGGCGUUAACUUUUGCCGGCUCACUUUAUUUUGCGCUGCCACGAGAACCAGUUAAACGAAUGCCUUUUGUUUUGACGUCAAACGAAACACUGUAUCGCUGCUCUACCACAGCUCACAUGAACAGAUUUGUUCCCGUUAGCUUUCAUUAUGUUUUACAUUUACAUCAUCACGUGCAUGAAUGGUCGCCUGUGAAUUUGUUUCUAGUAAUAAUACAGAAAAGGGCAAUAUAACAUUUUGCGUAAAUUAAAUAAUGGAUUCGUUUCCCCUAGUAAUACAACAAAUGUGUUUGGUACACGUUCCCCCUCGGUGUGCUGCAUUUUUAUUGAGCUGUUUUUGUAAAUCGAUAUUUCUACACGACGGUUUGUAACUUCGCCGCAUCCCUCGAAAGAGCGCCACCACGAACCCGUGAAUAGUCCGAGCUAAACAUAGCUC